UUUUAGGUCUUUCAUGAAUUCUGCUUUCAGUGAAAUUCCACAAAGAAGCUUUGUGAAUAUAAAGUCGCUCCAGCUUCUUUUGUUCACUUCAAACUCAUUUUAUUUGAUUGCCAAUGAUGCAUUCAAGGGUGUUGAUCAUCUCAAAUAUCUUUUUAUAGAGAACAAUGAAAUACAGUCCAUUUCAAGCUAUGCUCUUCGAGGUCUCGGGUCCCUUACUCAUUUAAGUUUGGCGAAUAAUAACCUUCAAACACUUCCUAAAGAGUUAUUUAAAGACCUGGAUGCAUUAACCAACGUAGAACUUGGCGGCAAUUCAUUCCACUGUGAUUGCAAAUUGAAAUGGCUGGUGGGAUGGUUGAUGAACACCAAUGCAACAGUUGACCAGAUCUAUUGUGCAAGUCCAGUACAGUAUAAGGGAAAGAAGAUAAGCAACCUCUCACUGAAAGAAUUUGACUGCAUGAUUGCAGAUUUUGCUCCUUACCAAACUCUGAAAUUUCAAUCCAUGUCAAUUGAAAGCUUCAAUUACAUGACCGAUAUUUAUGUAGUAAUUGCUCAACCUGUUGCUGGGAAUUGCAGCAUCUUGGAGUGGGAUCACGUGGAAAUGGUCUUUCGGAAUUUCGACAACAUCACUGGCACUUCAACAGUUUUCUGUAAGCCGUUGGUCGUCGGGACACAGCUCUUUCUUAUUGUUGCCCAGCUCUUUGGUGGCUCUUAUAUAUAUAAACGAGAUAUUUCUGCCAAUAAGUUUAUUAAAAUGCAGGACAUAGAUAUCUUAAAAAUAAGAAAACCAAAUGACAUUGAAUCAUUUGAAAUAGAGGGAGAAUGGUUCUUCAUUAUUGCAGAUAGUUCAAAGGGUGGAAUCACCACCGUCUACAAAUGGAACGGAAAUGGAUUUUAUCCUCAUCAAUUAUUGCAUCGUUGGUACAGGGAUAUAGAUGUGGAAUACAUGGAAAUAGCCAACAGCCCACACUUGAUCUUGUUAAGCAGUUCCCAACGGCCAGUUGUCUAUCAAUGGAACAAAGGGAAGAAGGAAUUUAUUUGGCGCAUCGAUAUCCCAGAUUCAGAAGAUGUACACGCGGUCAAACAUUUUAAAAUGAAAGAUAACUUAUACAUUUGCUUAACAAGGUUUCUUGGUGACUCUAAAGUAAUGAAAUGGGAAGGCUCAAUGUUUGUGGAAGUACAGACAUUUCCAUCAAGAGGCUCCAUGGUAUUGCAACCUCUUUAUAUGAAUGAAUGGCAAUACGCCUUUCUGGGAAGUGACUAUUCAUUUACCCAGAUUUUUCAAUGGGACAUGGACAAAAAGAUAUUUGUGAAAUUUAAUGACGUCUUUAUCCAGGCUCCACGAGCGUUCACCUCUGUGUUGGCAGACAGCCGUGAGUUUUUGUUUGCAUCAAGCUUUAAAGGAACCACGCAAAUAUAUGAACACAUUAUGAUUGACACAAGUGGGAUCUAAAAAAGCUGACCUUGAUCUGCUUAUGUUUAAGGGAAGAUUUGUGGAACCACGUAUACAAAUGCUUAUCUUAAUGAAAUCCAUGUGUGAUUUUGUAUUGCUCUGUGUUAACAUAAAGUCUGGUGUAGUCAACACUGCAAAUAAAUCAUUAAUUUCUGUUACUUUUCAAUAA